GCGGCGGGCGGCGGGCGGCGGGCUGGGCCGGGUCCAGUGGAGGGCGCGCACCAGGGCCGGCUGCGGUUGUGUGGCGUUGUACGCUGAUGACGGGCCAGACACGCCUCCCUGACGUCCCCGAAGCCAUCUUCGCUCAGCCUCUCGCAGCUUCGCGCUUGUGGGAGAGUCCCGCCUCCUCCCGCGAGCCGCACCACCCGGAGCCGGCGGUUCGCCCAUGGCCUGUCUCUGACGGAAGCCGGGGCGGGCGGUCGGAGUCCGGAAGAAAAACAGUCCGCGACAGCUGGGCGCGUGAGACCGGCCGGCAGCAGGGCUGCUCUGGCCGCCAGACGCGAGCCUGCCAGACUACCGCGCGGGACGGCGGCUGCCAUGAGCUCUCGGAAGCCGGCCGGGCCGAAAAGCAGGAGGCUCGGCAUCCAUGUGGUGACUUGGAAUGUGGCCUCAGCAGCACCCCCUCUAGAUCUCAGUGACCUGCUUCAGCUGAACAACCAGAACGCGAAUCUUGACAUGUAUAUCAUUGGUUUGCAGGAAUUGAACUCUGGGAUCAUAAGCCUCCUUUCUGAUGCUGCCUUUAAUGACUCAUGGAGCAGUUUCCUCAUGGAUACGCUUUCCCCUCUGGGCUUCGUCAAGGUCUCCCACAUGCGUAUGCAGGGGAUUCUCUUACUGGUCUUUGCCAAGUAUCAGCAUUUGCCCUAUCUCCAGAUUCUCUCUACUAAAUCCACCCCCACCGGCCUGUUUGGGUACUGGGGGAACAAAGGAGGAGUCAACAUCUGCCUGAAGCUUUAUGGCUACUAUGUCAGCAUCAUCAACUGCCACCUGCCUCCCCACAUUUCCAACAAUUACCAGCGGCUGGAGCACUUCGACUGGAUCCUGGAGAUGCAGACUUUUCAGGGACAAGAUAUCCCCAACAUCCUGGACCAUGACCUCAUUAUCUGGUUUGGAGACAUGAACUUUCGCAUCGAGGACUUUGGGUUGCACUUUGUCCGGGAAUCCAUUAAAAAUCGGCGCUACAGUGACCUUUGGGAGAAGGAUCAGCUCAGCAUUGCCAAGAAACAUGACCCACUGCUCCGGGAGUUCCAGGAGGGCCGCCUGUUCUUCCCGCCCACCUACAAGUUUGAUAGGAACUCCAGCAACUAUGACACCAGUGAGAAGAAACGCAAGCCCGCAUGGACAGACCGCAUCCUGUGGCGGCUGAAGCGGCAGCCCCAGGCUGGCCCCCACACCCCCGGACUGCCAGCCCCAGACUUCUCCCUGUCUCAGAGGAGCUAUGGCAGCUACAUGAUGUACACCAUCAGUGACCAUAAGCCUGUCGCAGGCACUUUCGACUUGGAGCUGAAGCCGUUGCUGUCUGCUCCACCGAUCGUUCUGAUGCCAGAGGACCUGUGGACCCUGGAGAACGACCUGAUGGUCAGCUACUCCUCAACCUCAGACUUCCCCAGGAGCCCGUGGGACUGGAUCGGACUGUACAAGGUGGGGCUGCGUGACAUUCAUGACUACGUGUCCUACAUCUGGGUCGGGGACAACGAGGUCUCCUUCAGCGACAACCUGAACCAGGUUUACAUUGACAUCAGCAAUAUCCCUGCAACGGAAGAAGAGUUUCUCCUCUGUUACUAUAGCAACAACCUGCGUUCUGUGGCAGGGAUAAGCAGACCCUUCCAGAUCCCGCUUUUCUCCCUGAGGGAGGACCCACUGGGUGAAGCACAGCCACAGAUCUGACCAGGUGGGAGUGGAUCCCAGGUGGAGGCCAGAGCUGGUAGCUAGCUCUGCCUUGCCACUGCAGGAGGGCUGGGGGCCCAGCCUGGCCCCCAAAGAGACAGCCAAGUGUCGCCCACCUCCUCCUCCCAGUGAGCUCUGGCCAGGCUCCUUUGCUCUCUCCACUACUGAUCUCUAGAAUUAGCCACUUAAAUACAGGUUUUUAUUGCUGAGAUGUGAGUGAGACCAGCUAGUUGACCACAGUGUAGACCUGGGAACAGUUCUGAUCUCAUUUCUGGAUUCCUACUCCCUUUGCUAGUCCGGCCUAAGUAGUCCUGCCAGGCACAUGCCCCAUUUGGCACAGGUCUGCAUUCUUGUCAUGUUAUCCUGGGCCUCGGGCUAUCUGGGAGGGGGAUGCUCACAUUUGUACAGGCUGCAUAGACUGGCGACAGCAGUGCUGGAUUCCAUGAGUCCUGUCCCCAGGAGGAGUGAACAGAGGGUCUGGGAUUCCUGCUUUCAGCAAAAGGGGGCUGAUGAGGGCCCUUCGGCCAGCAGUGUUCCUCCCUACCCACCACAUGGAGUCUCACCUAGGGACUUCCAGAGCCCGAACAGAGAGAACUGGGAAGGAUCCAGGUUCAAUUCUGCUGGUAGCUUGAGUCCCGUGCUUCCAGCCUACCCUCUGAGGAAGGAAGGGGUGACCAGGAGCUGUGGCCACAGAUUUUUCCUGGGUCGUGCUUGUCAGGUCAAGUGCAUCUGCCUCACCCUUGUCAAGAGUCACUGACGACAGUCCUCCCCUGGACCCCCCAGGACCUCGAAGUGGGGGCAGGCAGAAGGGAGGGCCAGCUCAAGACGUGUGGGAGGGUCUGGCCCUGGGGGUCUGCAGAGAGCAUUCUCGAGGGGCUUUGUUCCCACCUCCACCACUUGCCUCCUGCCGUGGUCUCUCGGCAGCCCUCUUACGGAGAAGAUGCCUCUGGGAGCCUGCGAGUGCCCGUCCUGCCGUCCCGUAUCCCGAGGCUGGGGCCCACUGCACUUGCUCUGUGCUACAAGCCGUGUGUAUCCAGAACUAUCCCCUGGCUUCUCGCAGGCCAUGGCUGGCUGUUUUGUGACUGUUACACUGUGCAGGGGGAAUUAGAAGCGUGGCUUUUA